UGACAUUAUUUUUUUUUCCUGUGGAACAAAGCAGAGAAAGAAAGAGAGAGAGAGAGAGAGAGAGAGAGAGAGAUUGUAUAAAAUUAAUAAAAUAUGAUUGUGAUGAUACGCACAUAGAGAUACAGUCUUGUGGAUAAUUUACAGAGAAGAAGCGAAAGGGCGAGAGUGGCCGUUUAUAUUAACGACCACACCCAUCAGCACCACCCCACCCCCCAUCUGGUACCAAUUCUUGCCGAACCCAGAAGAGGAAACGAAGCAUCAGAUGGAAUAUUCAAACCCGUUCGUUUUUCUUUUGUCAGUUUCUGAGAAAGAGGAAAAUUGGUGAAUUGUACCUACAAUUUUUUCUUUACUUGAUCAAUCGGUGGUGUUUUGAGAUGGUAUCCUGAUUGAGAGAGAUGCCGCAGCACUUCUUCAAGACAAUCCGUAGUUUGAAGAUGACAGAUGGGUGCAAUGGCACCCAAGUGUACGCCGUUAAUCCCACCGCCGGUGGGGGUGGAGCGGCAGCUUCCGGCGGUUCGGGGGAUAAAUUCUUGCAACAUUUGCAAGAUCAAUUAAGGGCUAAUUUGGUUAUGUCAAAAUCUCAUUACCAGAGUCUCUCUCAGAUGAAUAAUGUGAUUCCAAGUGUUUUGACUGACGCCAGUGCUCUUUUUGGGCUUCCGCAGACGGAUCUCAUUGAGCCUCAGAUUGAGCCUUAUCUUAAGUUUGUUGAUUUUGUGGAUGUUUUAGCUGAUGUUUAUAGGAGACUUGAGAACUGCCAACAAUUUGAAAAAUCAGCGGUGUAUAUGGAACAAUGUGCGAUUUUUAGGGGGUUGACUGAUCCAAAAUUAUAUAGGAAAUGUCUACAGUUGGCUAGGCAACAUGCUUUUGACGUGCAUUCUAAGGUAGUACUUUCAGCUUGGCUGAGGUUUGAAAGGAGGGAUGAUGAGUUGUUUGGGGUGUCUGCGAUGGAUUGUAGUGGAUUGAGCCCUGAGUGCCCAAAGUGUUCACUGGUAUCAGGGUAUAAUCCUGAGUCCGCAACUGAUCCUUGUUUAUGCCCCCGAAAUUUGGAAGGGGAUGAAGAUAUGGAACCCAAGUUAGAAGGUCAAGAAUGCUCCACUUCAUUUAGUGAGGGUGAUGAAGAUGGUGAUGAUUAUGAUAUUUGGUUUUGCAUUGGAGAUGAUGAGGUUAAAUGCAAUAGGUUUAAAAUUGCCUCUCUUUCCAGGCCGUUCAAAGCAAUGUUGUAUGGUAGUUUUACAGAAUCACGGAGGGACAGAAUAUAUUUUGCACAAAAUGGAAUUUCUGCAAAGGCAAUGAAGGCAGGUCCAAAUGUUGUUUUUGAGCUCCUGGUGUUGGCUAAUAGGUUCUGCUGUGAUGAGUUGAAAUCUGCCUGUGAUGUAUAUUUAGCAUCUCUGGUUGACGAUAUGGAAAGUGCCGCUCUGCUCAUUGAAUAUGGGUUGCAGGAGACUGCGUAUCUUUUGACAGCAGCUUGUUUGCAGGUAUUUCUGAGAGAAAUCCCCUGUUCAAUGCGUAAUCCAAAUGUGUUGAAACUCUUCUGCAGUUCAGAUGUUAGAGAAAAAUUAGCGCUAGUGGGGCAUGCUUCUUUUUUGUUGUACAGUUUUUUAAGUCAUGCAGCUAUGGAAGAAGACAUGAAAUCAAAUACAACAGUUAUGCUUUUGGAAAGGAUGGUAGAAUGUGCUAGUUUGAAUUGGCAAAAACAACUUGCAUUCCACCAGUUGGGCUGCGUGAUGCUUGAAAGAAAGGAAUAUAAGGAUGCUCAGAAAUGGUUUGAGACAGCUGUCCAGGAGGGUCAUGCUUAUUCUCUAGUCGGUGUAGCAAGAGCCAAAUAUAAGCGUGGUCACAAGUACAACGCAUACAAAUUGAUGGACUCCCUUAUUGCUGACAAUAGGCCCUGCGGAUGGAUGUAUCAAGAACGAUCUCUGUAUUGUAGUGGGAAAGAAAAAAUCGCGGAUCUGAAUACAGCUACAGAAAUGGACCCAACUCUUUCUUACCCUUACAAGUAUAGGGCUGUCGCAAUGUUGGAAGAGGACAAAAUUGGUCCUGCAAUAUCUGAGAUUAACAAGAUAAUAGGUUUCAAGGUCUCUCCUGAUUGCCUUGAGCUACGUGCUUGGUUCUUGAUUUCCCUGCAGGAUUACGAAGGAGCUCUGAGAGAUGUCAGAGCACUUCUAACUUUGGAUCCUCAAUAUAUGAUGUUUCAUGGGAAGUUGCAUGGCGAACAGUUGGUAGAGCUUUUAUGUCGUCAUGUUCCUCAGUGCAGCCAAGCUGAUUGUUGGAUGCAACUGUAUGAUCGGUGGUCCUCGGUUGAUGAUAUUGGAUCUCUAGCGGUUGUACACCAUAUGUUGGCUAAUGAUCCUGGGAAGAGUCUUUUACGGUUUCGGCAAUCCCUCCUCCUCCUACGAUUAAAUUGCCACAAGGCUGCUAUGAGAAGUCUCCGAAUGGCUCGAAAUCAUGCAGCCUCUAAGCAUGAAAGACUUGUCUAUGAUGGCUGGGUUUUAUAUGACACGGGUUAUCGAGAAGAAGCAAUAGCAAAAGCUGAAGAAUCCAUCUCAAUCCAGAGAUCAUUUGAAGCAUAUUUCCUAAAAGCAUAUAUUUUGUCUGAAACGACGACGGACACUGAAUCUUCAUUCUAUGUUAUCCAGCUUCUUGAAGAAGCUCUUAGGUGCCCAUCUGAUGGCCUUAGGAAAGGACAAGCUUUGAGUAAUCUAGCAAGUAUCUACAUAGAUGUGAAUAAGCUAGACCAAGCAGUUGACUGCUACAUGAAUGCAUUGAAUAUCAAACAUACAAGAGCACAUCAGGGGCUGGCACGUGUAUACCAUCUCCAGAAUCAACGGAAAGCAGCAUAUGAUGAGAUGUCAAAGUUGAUCGAGAAGGCCAGAGAUAAUGCAUCAGCUUACGAGAAACGUUCAGAAUACUGCGACCGUGAGAUGGCCAAAAGUGAUCUUAGAAUGGCAACCCGACUAGAUCCUCUAAGAGCAUAUCCAUAUCGAUAUCGAGCGGCUGUUCUGAUGGAUGACCAUAAGGAAGCCGAAGCAAUUGCAGAACUCACAAGAGCAAUAGAUUUCAAGUUGGAUCUGCAGCUGAUUCAUCUUCGAGCAACAUUCUAUGAUUCAACGGGUGAUUAUCUUUCAGCCAUCAAAGACUGUGAGGCUGCCCUUUGCCUUGAUCCCGGACACGCAGAUACCCUCGAACUUUAUCAAAAAGCGAAAGAACGGGCCAACGAACAACAACCAAACUGAGAAGGAGCUAUAGUUUUAUGUUUUUGUUUGUUUAGAUACCGCCUGGCUAUUCCAUUUGGCGAAAGAGGAAUUAGGAGAAAACUUGCUCUAUGUAUACUUUUUUUUAGUAUUAGUAAAUUGGUGAGCUCGUGUAGUGAAAUUCACCAGAAAAUGAUCCUCCUAUGAGGUGCAAUGUGUUUAUUUUCACAUGUCAUAUGUGAAUUUGUGCAUGAAAAUGCAGCCUGUGGUCAAUGACUCAAUGACCAUUAGAGAUUUUUAUACAGUGAUGUUCAUUUUAAAAGUGCUCA